AUGCCGAGCGCGCGCGAAGACAUCGACCCGUUCGACCUUCUGAGCCCGAUCGCGUCCGACGCGCGACGACGCGCGCGCGCGGUGACGGACGAGAAGACGACCGCGACGACGACGACCGGGACGAUGACGAACGAAUCGCGCUCGAUCCGUCACGCCGACGCCGACGCGGACGCCGUGCGAGAUGAGGCGAUGGAGAAGUUGAUCUCACGCGUCGAAGCGCUCGAACGCGUCUCGAGAGAUGGGUUCGCGCGCGUGGGGGAGGUGUUGGAACGAUUGACGGGACGGGUGGAGACGCUGAGCGCGCGCGUGGCGGCGAUGCGACGCGACGAGGAAUACGAUGACGAAGAUUCGAGUGACUCGAGCGGAGAUGAGGCGGAAGAGGCGAGCGAAGACGUGCGGGAGGAGGAUGGGUACGCGGAUGUACCUCGACGUCGAGGGUCGCCGCCGCGUCGUCGACGUCGCUCGCCGCCGAGACAUCAUCGCGGUCCGCCGCCGCCGAGACGUCGCGGUUCGCCGCCGCCGAGACAUCAUCGCGGUUCGCCACCGCAUCACCAACACGGUCCGCCGCCGGACCACGGCGGUCCACCUCCACAUCAUCAUCACGGUCCACCGCCACUGGAUCACCGUGGUCCUCCGCCGCACCAUCACGGCCCGCCUCCGCCGCACCAUCACGGUCCUCCGCCGCAUCAACACGGUCCGCCUCCGCCGCCGUCGUACGAGCAGAUGGUACCGCCGACGGCGUAUCCAUCGUCGCCGUACCCAAUGUACGCUCCGCCACCCGAGCCACCGCGCGCUCCGCCGCCUGAAUCUCCGCGUUCAAUGGCACCGCCGCCGGUGACGUCUGGCGCGGUGCCUCUGGAGCAAAUGAUUGGCGACUUCGCAAACAUGGGAUUCACCCGUCAGCAAGUCAUGAACGCGGUCUCGGAGAUGGCUUCGUCGGGACAAAAGAUUGAAGUGAAUAGUGUGCUCGAUAGACUGAUGCGAGCGCACGCGUGA